AUGACGACACACGUCCGCAUCCGUUCAGCCUUAGGAAAUGCGGCAGUUGCAAACCCGGCAGUCUUUCCCCUCAGCCGCAGCAUCGCACUCAUCGUAUUGAUCACCGUCGCCGCAAUCUUCGGAGUUUGCUCCGCUCCGCCUCCUAUUUCCGCUUCGAAUGCGCCCGAACGGCCUUCCGCGUCGCCGCGCCUCCGGCGGAGCCUCCGACCCCGCCUCCCCUCCGCCGUCCAUGCGGAAUUCUCUGCCCCCCUCACCGCCGCGCAAGCCGCGCCUUGCGGAGCUGCUGCUGCUGCGACAACCAGACGCGCUACUUUGAGCGGCGGCGAUUUCCGUCGCGACGAGUCGCAGGACGCGCUGCGACGGCGCAGGCGACUGGGCAGCAAAGUCGCCGGGUGGAAUCUGUCGCUGGGGCAGUACGCGCUGGCGACGAAUCGCACGCGUCGCAGGGACCCGCUGAACGGGAUGCGCGUGUACGAGGGCGGCUACGACCCCGCCAACCUGCACUACUGGGCCGUGCGUUCCCGCGCCACGCCUUUCACCCGCCUCACCACCACACCGCACCACACCACACACUCCCUGGGUGUGACAGCGGGGGGCGGGUUCGCAGUGAUGCUGGCGGGGGCAAUACUGCUGCAGAAGAGCAUGGGCGUGGUGAGGGACGGAGCAGUGGAGCGAGUGGGGGCAGUGGUGAACACGGUCUACAACGUGUCCCAGGCCAUGGCGGGGCUUACAGAGGUGGACGUCGGUGGUAACCAGAUGCCUGACAGGGCGGGCGUGUUACGGCGUGCGCAGGAGGCGUGGUCGAUAGCGGAUGGCAUGCAGAGCUCGUUCAACGGCGCCCGGGACACGGCAGACCGUGCCAUCAAAUUCAUGUUCAUGACAAUGUUCGCCAUGGGAGCUGUCAUCACGGCGCUGGGCGCUCUUGGCGUGGGUGAGUGCUCUCUCUUGCCCUUCAAGUGCUCUCUGUUGCCCGUCACACCACACCCACCUGUCGUACCACUCGCAACAUCCAUGCCUCUUCUCUUUCGUCGUCCCAACUUACCCUCUCCCUCGCUGUCCGGUUUCCCCAAAGCGCUGUCCAUGCUGCUGCAUCAGCACCACCAUUGCCCUUCUGUCUCCCUGCUCCCCACCGUGCCGAAGCAGGUGCUUGGCUCGCUGCCCUGCUCCGCCCAGCGUAGCCUCGCCUCCGUCCGUGUCAGCAUCCUUGCUGCCAGCGCCCAGGCCACCAGCCUUGUCAACACCACGGUUGCCAGCACCUACCCCCAGGUGCUGCAGCAGAUGCCAGGAGGACCCUACAGCGCCGUGUGUGUGCCGUACGCCCCUGCGCCCUCCUACACCCCCACCACGUGCCCUUCCACCGCCAUUGACCUGCAGAGUUUCGCUGCUAACCUGUACGGCCCGGCGAGCAGCGGCAUGGCAGUGGGGGUGGUGGAGGACAUAGCAGCAGUGAGCAUGGGUAUAGCAGCACUCAACGGUUCCCUUGCAGCUAUGGGCGCCGCUGCCAACUGCUCCUACGUCCUCGACUCGCUGCAUGUGGGUUAG